AUGUCAGAAUCUGACUCCAUCAUCAGAGUAGGUCCGUGUGGGCUUUGCAAACCUCGAAACGACCCUCAGGAGUUCGUUCUACGCGCAGUCCGCUGCAACGGCGAUGUGCUGCGCUUCGCGGCAGGCUGGCACUCCCACCCAGAGGUUGCCUUGACCGCAGUGCAGAAGGCGCCGCAGGCCGUGCACUUUGUGGAUGCCUCGCUGCGUCAGACACCUGAGUUUGGGACAGCGGCAGUGAUGGUGAAUCCAUGGGUGUUCGAGCAGCUGGGAUCCCAACAUCGGAACGACUUGGUCCUGGCGCUGCAAGCGGCGAGAGCGCAGCCGGCGUUGGCUCACUUUGCUGGUGAACACAUCAAAGGCGAGGUUUUGGCACGCAUCCACAAAGAGCAGUCGGAAGCUUGUGGAGCUCCGGAGGGUUAUGUGGACGGCCCGGUGUGGUGGCUUCCCGAAACUCUGAAGUACAAGCACAAAGCGGCACAAGAAAUGGUGAAGCAACGCCUGGAGCGCAUGGAGAGGCGCGAGCUCAUCUCACAGCUCAAGCGCCGAUCUCCAAAAGUUGAGAAGGAAGGUCUGGCAGAGAAGUUGCUGUUCCCGAACGGGACAUUGACGAGCAACAUGCAGGACAUCAUGCUGGGAAUCUCUGGUUUCAAAGAUGCGGGGGCAUGGUAUGCUGCCAUCCGUAUCCUUGCGAUCAUGGACAUGGAAAAGCUGGAAGUGGACAUGCCCCUUGUGAACUGCGUGAUAUCAGCAUGCAAGAAUCGUGGCCACGAGCUCGCCCGGAAGAUUAUGUCGAACUUUGUGGCAUCU